AUGUGGAUCAGAACAGCUCAUUUCCCUCUCCCGCCCCCUGUUGCUCCUCCUGUUGCUCCUCCUCAAUUUCUUCACGCUGCUUUUGAUGAUGAUGGUCCAUUUCCCGUUCAAGCCCCUGGUCGAUUUCUUCACGGAGCAUUUGAUGAUGAUGGUCCAUUUCCCGCUCCUCUCCCUCUCCCUCCCCCUGAUAGAUACGUGGAGCACAUGAGGCAUGAACUUGCUAGGGACACUUUGAGGAAGCAUAACUACUUCUUGGGUGGACGGUAA